AUGCGACCGAUUGAAGCCCAAUUGCAGUCGAUGCGUGCGACUGGGAGACGAAUGCGUGUUUCCAAACUCACGACAGAGGCGACUCGUUCGGAAGAUAAACCCUGCUGCCACGUUGGAAAUCCGAGUAGCUCGACUGGAAAGAUGAUUACACAGAGUGGCCUGCCAGAUAUCGUAUUGAAUGAUCCUGCAUCCCUUGGUGAUGAAGCCGGACUUGAUAUGGACUGGAACCAGGGUGCAGCCGACAUGAAUCAGUCGACUGCCUAUGAGUGCUCGUCCAAUGGAAUUCCCUUCAUCCAACAAACCACCACACCAUAUCAGCAAGAGCCAUUCAUGAUGGGCGAUCUGAUGAGUCUUGGCCAGUUUGAGCAGCUUCCGCCCAGACACUUGACUGAUCGACUGCGAUAUGCGGAGGCAGAUGAGAUGAAGGGCCGAGGUGAAUACUUCACCACAAUAGCCCAUGCGCAAUGUUGGUGCUUAAUCUCCGCUUACGAGUCCCACCAACUCCUCUUCUCUCGGGCAUCUGUCAGCCUCUCUAAAAGUGUCCGGAUUGCCCAGAUGCUGGGCCUACACCGUUCCGAUAGCCAAAAACAACCAACGGACCCUCCGCUCCCUCCCCCGAGAAAUCUCUUCGAAGUUGAAGAGCGGAGAAGAACCUGGUGGGUUAUAUUCUGCUCCGAUCGUUUUGUGAGUGGGAUCACAGGUUGGCCUGCUUUAGUGAAUGAGAAGGAUAUCGAAACCCGACUACCUGCCUCUGACGAUGCUUUUGAUAAGGGCACCGAUGAAGCAGCGCCCUGGUUUGCAGAUGCCCUUCAGGGCGUCAUUCUAUAUUCUGCCUUCGCUGGCAAGGUGCUUACCGCCCAGAAUUUGCGUCUACCGCAGUGCGGGUCGAACCGGAAUGCCAUAGUCGUCAAUUCGACUGACGACGCCGAGGGCGCCAUGGCCGAUCAUUUCUUGGUCUUUUCGGCCUAUCUUGCGGCCUUGAUCUUUCCAGAGGGCUACAUGGAAACCAACCUUUUGAAGACUGAGCAAAAUCUACAUUACAUUCUGAAUGCAAUGGCCCAAGCUGGUGAGAAAGACCUGUUCUCACGUUCGUUAGCAAUUCAGCUCGCAUCAGGGAUGAAGCACGUCGGAAUGGAUUCGAGAACUAUAGACAAAGUACAACACCUUCCACCAACACCUGUGUCGAUACCCAUUCUUGUCAAACAAGACAAGGCCUCAUCACACAUCACUUUCUGUUCGAUUCUGCCCACCAAAUCGGAUGAUUACUGGAUCUGA